AACUCUCUCACUCUUGGUUGUGUUCACGUCCUUCAUUCAUCACCUCUUCAAUUAUUUUGUAUAUAAAAAAUUCACUUACUAUGCUACCUGUUACUUUCAUCCCUUCAUUUUAAUUCUUCUUUCAACUCUUCUAUUUCUUUUUUUCUUUUUUUUUCUCCUUUUGACUUUCAUUUCUCACCAUUUCCGAUGGAAAAAUGUCGUUUGCUUCUGUUACUUGCCGUAAUUUCUUCUAUUUUCCGGCUUCUCCAUGCUACCGACGGUGAUGCUGAUCCGAUUUACAAAGCAUGUGUUGGUCACUGCAAGGAGACUGGAUGUAUGGGGGAAAAAUGCUUUCAACAUUGUAACUUCUCUUCUGGGGAAAAACCAAUUGAUGGUCCAUGGUACCUACAGGAACCACUUUAUCUGAGAUGGAAACAGUACGACUGCCUUAGUGAUUGUCAAUACCACUGUAUGCUUGCCAGAGAGGAAGAAAGGCAGAAACUUGGUCUUAAGCCUAUCAAAUAUCAUGGGAAAUGGCCAUUCCGGCGUGUCUAUGGGAUCCAGGAACCUGUUUCUGUGGCUCUCUCUGCCUUUAACCUUGCUAUACAAUUCCAUGGAUGGGUAUCCUUUUUUAUCCUAGUGAACUACAAGCUACCUUUUAGCCCAAAGAACAAGCCAUAUUAUGAAUACACCGGCUUGUGGCAUAUUUAUGCAAUUUUAUCAAUGAACGCUUGGAUCUGGAGUGCUGUUUCCCAUAGUAGAGAUGUAGAAUUUACUGAGAAGCUGGACUAUUCGUCCGUGGCUGCAUUGGUUGGGUAUUCUCUUCUUCUUGCUAUAUUGCGAGUCUUCAAUGUGAGAGAUGAGGCAUCAAGGAUAAUGGUUGCUGCUCCCCUUGUUGCGUUUGUGACAACCCAUAUCUUGUAUCUGAACUUUUAUCAACUCGACCAUGGAUUAAACAUCAAGGUCUGUGUUGCUAUGACAAUGCUGCAGUUUGUCUUAUGGGCGGUCUGGGCAGGUUUUACUCGCCAUCCAUCACGCUGGAAGUUGUGGCUUGUGGUGGCUGGUGGAACCCUUGCUACACUCCUUAAGAUAUAUGAGUUUCCUCCCUAUAUGGGAUAUGUAGAUGCUGAUGCUUUAUGGCACGCUUUCGCCAUUCCUCUGACCUACUUGUGGUGGAGUUUUGUAAGGGAUGAUAGUGAAUAUGGAACAACAACUGUCAUCAAGAAAGCGAAGUAGAAUGAGAAGCAUAUUGUAAUUGGUAAAAGGUGUCCAAAGUGAUUUCCAUUCAGGUCUUUGUUAGUUUUUGGUUGGUUGGCUCUUUUUUCUUGCAUGUACGCAUUUUUUGGAAAUGCUUGGCCAUGCGAGUUUCGCUUUUUCCAACUUCAGUAGGACUAGUUCAGAUGCAUUUUUUGAUUUGCACAUCUUUCUCCAAUGGUCUUGUUGUAAAACGUAUCUGAAGUUGUACUUAUGUGAUCUGUAGCUUGUAUUCUAUACAUUCAUAUUCAGGGAGUUGUUCUUACCUUGGGCACAGCAUGCAGUCAUUUUGAGCUCCUUGAGAGAAUUAGUUAAGAGUGGUUUCUGUAAUUUUAAAUGGUGUGGGAUAUGUGUUAAUUUUGGAGUUCCCAGUG